CUCUCUCUCUCUCAUCCUCUGCUCUGACUCUCUUGUGCGCUCUCUCGUUCAGCAGACGGAUGGGCGAGACCUCUCCUCUCUUGCUCCUCUUCUACUCUCUCUCCUCGUCCUGUCUUCUUAUUUCAUUGCCUCCUUUUUCCUUCACCUGUUUUAUUUUAAACAUUUCUCCCUCCCCUCCUCCCCCCUGCCCCCCCUGUGCCAGGGGCAUUAGUGGGGGUCCCAGAUUGUGGAGUGUGUAUAUAAGUGUGAGUGAGUGUGUUGGGAGGUUUCGGCAUGGAAGCAGUGGCACUGUAUACGUUUCGUGCCACAGAGGGUGAUGAACUCAGUUUCAACAAGGGGGACUUGCUCAAGAUCACCAACAUGGAGGAUGAUCCUAACUGGUACACAGCUGAGCUCCACAACAGAAAAGGCUUUGUGCCAAAAAACUACAUCAACCUGCGACCACACGCCUGGUUUGCCGGUCGGAUAUCUCGCGGUGUGGCAGAAAGUCGACUCCGACACAGGGAGUGCGGGGCCUUUCUGGUCCGAGAGAGUGAGAGCGCCCCUGGAGAGUUCUCCAUGUCCGUCAGUUAUGGGGACCACGUUCAGCACUUCAAGGUGCUGCAGGACCGCUGCUCUCAGUACUACGUGUGGGAGGAGGUCUUCUCCUCCCUCAACGAGCUGGUGGAGUUCUACCACAGCAGCAGCAUCGCGAAGGAGAGGACGGUCUUCCUGAGAGACCCCGAGCACUUCGCCAGGCGUCCCCAUCAUGCCCACGCUCUCUUCGACUUCGCCCCCCACCAUCCAUCCCAGCUACGCUUCCUGCGCGGUGAUGUCAUCGAGCUCAUGGACUGCUCCGAUUCGCUGCACUGGAAGGGCCGCUGCCACGGACACGUGGGCUACUUCCCCCCCGAGUACGUCCAGCCCAUUUACCACUGCCAAUGACCUGUCACUCAGACACACGGCCACGCCCACUGGCUCGUCAAUGAGCCACCUUGACCCCCCCCCCCUCACACUGCUCCCCUGCUGUGCACUCGCCCAUUCACUUUUGGAGAACUGACGAGCCGCAACCGAACUGCUCAUUAUGUAACUGACUCCUCCCAUUAUCCCUCGUGAUGUCACCUGUCAAUCACAA